CCCUUGUGGGAUGGAAAAAAAUGAAUAUAUUAUACCAUAGUCUCCCUAAAAAUGUUCCCCACUCUAGGAAUCUGAACAUUUUACACAGCAGGAGGUAUAUCUGAAGUCUUAUUGAGUCUCAUGACUCUGGUAGAUGGCGAUUAUCUUUCUAUUAGGAUAACCUAGUUUUUUCAUGCAAUGUCAAUUUUUUUAGAAUGUUGUGCCCAAUGCAUUCUGUUUCCUGAAUAGCCACAGCCUUACUACCUUCUGGUAGAUGCAAGAAAAUUAUGAUGUUAGCAUUCAUUCACUGCAUGUUUUGAGGUGCUGGGUUCGGAAUACAGCUUCUCACCUCCUAAUGCAAACACAAGCUCCCAAGGCAGCAAUGGGAGAGCCCUCUAAGGGUCUCCUGAUGUACAGGGAGAUUUCCAGAUCCCAUACAUGUAAGUCACACUGCUAGAAUGUCUCUAGAUGGCAACAAAAUAUGAAAGCUUAAGCUGAGGUAAUUCCUCACCAGCAGGGGGACUUCCCGGGUAGGCACUGCAUCCCCCGCACACUGUCCAAUUUCUGGGGUUGUCACACUGUGGUGAUGUCACACUGGCUGGGAUGACAUUUUACAGCUGGACCCCUUACAGCCACCAGGCACUUUUAAAUUACUGCGGAGUCUACCGUGAGGAGGGGGCGGGAAAUCCGGCCCCCGCAUUCGAUCCACGCUGGCUCCCCACGGAGGCCCACCCACUCCCACGACCAUCAGUACCAUGCGGUGGUCGUAGUCUGCCGGAUCCUCGGCACUUCCGCCUCAGUAUGGCAUCACAGCUGCAGGUGUUUUCCCCCCCAUCAGUGUCGUCGAGUGCCUUCUGCAGUGCGAAGAAACUGAAAAUAGAGCCCUCUGGUUGGGAUGUUUCAGGACAGAGCAGCAACGACAAAUAUUAUACCCACAGCAAAACCCUCCCAUCUACACAAGGGCAAGCCAACUCCUCUCACCAGGUAGCAAAUUUCAACAUCCCUGCUUACGACCAGGGCCUCCUCCUCCCAGCUCCUGCAGUGGAACAUAUUGUUGUAACAGCCGCUGAUAGCUCGGGCAGUGCUGCUACAUCAACUUUUCAAAGCAGUCAGACCCUAACUCACAGAAGCAACGUUUCUUUGCUUGAGCCAUAUCAAAAAUGUGGAUUGAAAAGAAAAAGUGAGGAAGUUGACAGCAACGGUAGCGUGCAGAUCAUAGAAGAACAUCCCCCUCUCAUGCUGCAAAACAGGACUGUGGUGGGUGCUGCUGCCACGACCACCACUGUGACCACAAAGAGUAGCAGUUCCAGUGGAGAAGGGGAUUACCAGCUAGUUCAGCAUGAGAUCCUUUGCUCUAUGACCAACAGCUAUGAAGUCUUGGAGUUCCUGGGCCGGGGGACAUUUGGACAGGUGGCUAAGUGCUGGAAGCGGAGCACCAAGGAAAUUGUGGCUAUUAAAAUCUUGAAAAACCACCCCUCCUAUGCCAGACAAGGACAGAUUGAAGUGAGCAUUCUUUCCCGCCUAAGCAGUGAAAAUGCUGAUGAGUAUAAUUUUGUCCGUUCUUAUGAAUGCUUCCAGCAUAAGAAUCACACCUGCCUUGUGUUUGAGAUGCUGGAGCAGAACUUAUAUGAUUUUCUAAAGCAAAAUAAGUUUAGCCCACUGCCACUCAAGUACAUUAGACCAAUCUUGCAGCAGGUAGCCACAGCCUUGAUGAAGCUCAAGAGUCUUGGUCUGAUUCACGCUGACCUUAAGCCUGAAAACAUAAUGCUGGUUGAUCCAGUUCGUCAACCCUACAGAGUGAAGGUCAUUGACUUUGGUUCUGCUAGUCAUGUUUCCAAAGCUGUGUGCUCAACCUACUUACAGUCACGUUACUACAGAGCCCCUGAAAUUAUUCUUGGAUUACCAUUUUGUGAAGCUAUUGAUAUGUGGUCGCUGGGCUGUGUGAUAGCUGAGCUGUUCCUGGGAUGGCCUCUUUAUCCUGGUGCUUCAGAAUAUGAUCAGAUUCGUUACAUUUCACAAACACAAGGCUUGCCAGCUGAAUAUCUUCUCAGUGCCGGAACAAAAACAACCAGGUUUUUCAACAGAGAUCCUAAUUUGGGGUACCCACUUUGGAGGCUUAAGACACCCGAAGAACAUGAACUGGAGACUGGAAUAAAAUCAAAAGAAGCUCGGAAGUACAUUUUUAACUGUUUAGAUGACAUGGCUCAGGUAAAUAUGUCUACAGACUUAGAAGGAACAGACAUGUUGGCUGAGAAGGCGGAUCGAAGAGAAUACAUUGAUCUGUUAAAAAAAAUGCUAACAAUUGAUGCAGAUAAGAGAAUUACUCCUUUGAAAACUCUUAACCAUCAGUUUGUGACAAUGACUCACCUUUUGGAUUUUCCACAUAGCAAUCAUGUUAAGUCUUGUUUUCAGAACAUGGAGAUCUGCAAGCGGAGGGUUCACAUGUAUGAUACAGUGAGUCAAAUCAAGAGUCCCUUCACUACACAUGUUGCCCCAAAUACAAGCACAAAUCUAACAAUGAGCUUCAGCAACCAGCUCAAUACAGUGCAUAAUCAGGCCAGUGUUCUAGCUUCCAGUUCUAGUGCAGCAGCUGCUACUCUUUCUCUGGCUAAUUCAGAUGUCUCACUGCUAAACUACCAGUCAGCUUUGUACCCAUCAUCUGCUGCACCAGUUCCUGGAGUUGCCCAGCAGGGUGUUUCCUUGCAGCCUGGAACCACCCAGAUUUGCACUCAGACAGAUCCAUUCCAACAAACAUUUAUAGUAUGUCCACCUGCGUUUCAAACUGGACUACAAGCAACAACAAAACAUUCUGGAUUCCCUGUGAGGAUGGAUAAUGCUGUGCCAAUUGUACCCCAGGCACCGGCUGCUCAGCCAUUACAGAUUCAGUCAGGAGUUCUUACACAGGGAAGCUGUACACCACUAAUGGUAGCAACUCUCCACCCUCAAGUAGCCACCAUCACACCGCAGUAUGCGGUGCCCUUUACUCUGAGCUGCGCAGCCGGCCGGCCGGCGCUGGUUGAACAGACUGCCGCUGUACUGCAGGCUUGGCCUGGAGGAACUCAGCAAAUUCUCCUGCCUUCAACUUGGCAACAGUUGCCUGGGGUAGCUCUACACAACUCUGUCCAACCCACAACAAUGAUUCCAGAGGCCAUGGGGAGUGGCCAGCAACUAGCAGACUGGAGGAAUGCCCACUCUCAUGGCAACCAGUACAGCACUAUCAUGCAACAGCCAUCCUUGCUGACUAACCAUGUGACAUUGGCUACUGCUCAGCCCUUGAAUGUUGGCGUUGCCCAUGUUGUGAGACAACAAUCCAGUUCUCUUCCUUCGAAGAAAAAUAAGCAGUCUGCUCCAGUGUCUUCCAAGUCCUCUCUGGAUGUUCUGCCUUCCCAAGUCUAUUCUCUGGUUGGAAGUAGUCCCCUCCGCACCACAUCUUCUUAUAAUUCCCUAGUCCCUGUCCAAGAUCAGCAUCAGCCAAUCAUCAUUCCAGAUACUCCCAGCCCUCCUGUGAGUGUCAUCACUAUCCGAAGUGACACCGAUGAGGAAGAGGACAACAAAUAUAAGCCCAAUAGCUCUGGCCUAAAGCCGAGGUCUAAUGUCAUCAGUUAUGUCACUGUCAAUGAUUCUCCAGACUCUGACUCUUCUUUGAGCAGCCCUUAUUCCACUGAUAAUCUGAGUGCUCUCCGGGGCAAUAGUGGACCCCUUUUGGAGGGGCCCGGCAGAGUUGUGGCAGAUGGCACUGGCACCCGCACCAUCAUUGUGCCUCCACUGAAAACUCAGCUUGGUGACUGCACUGUAGCAACCCAGGCCUCAGGUCUCCUGAGCAAUAAGACCAAGCCAGUGGCCUCAGUGAGUGGGCAGUCAUCUGGAUGCUGUAUCACCCCCACAGGGUACCGAGCUCAACGCGGGGGGACCAGUGCGGCACAGCCACUCAACCUUAGCCAGAACCAGCAGUCAUCGGCAGCUCCAACCUCGCAGGAGAGAAGCAGCAACCCUGCCCCCCGCAGGCAGCAGGCGUUUGUGGCCCCACUCUCCCAAGCCCCCUACGCUUUCCAGCAUGGCAGCCCACUACACUCGACGGGGCACCCACAUCUGGCCCCAGCCCCUGCUCACCUGCCAAGCCAGGCUCACCUGUAUACGUAUGCUGCCCCCACCUCUGCUGCUGCAUUGGGCUCCACCAGUUCCAUUGCUCAUCUUUUCUCCCCCCAGGGCUCCUCAAGGCAUGCUGCAGCCUAUACCACUCACCCUAGUACUCUGGUGCACCAGGUUCCUGUCAGUGUUGGGCCCAGCCUCCUUACUUCUGCCAGUGUGGCCCCUGCUCAAUACCAACACCAGUUCGCCACCCAGUCCUACAUUGGGUCUUCCCGAGGCUCAGCAAUUUACACUGGAUACCCGCUGAGUCCUACCAAGAUCAGCCAAUAUUCCUACUUGUAGUUGAUGAGCAUGAGGGAGGAGGAGUCAUGGCUGCCUGCUCUUGGCCUGCUCCUGAAUUCUUAAUAAUGGGCUAUGGUGAGCUCCUCCCUUACCCUCUCUUGAAACUUCUUAGCCAGCAACUUGUUCUGCAGGGGCCCACUGAAGCAGAAAGUUUUUCUCUGGGGGAACCUGUCUCAGUGUUGACUGCAUUGUUGUAGUCUCCCAAAGUUUGCCCUAUUUUAAAAUUCUUUAUUUUUGUGACAGCAUUUUUGGUAUUUGGAAGAGUUCAGAUGCCCAUCUUCUGCAGUUACCAAGGAAGAGAGAUCGCUCUGAAGUUACCCUUGGAAAAAAUAUUUUGUCUCUCUGACUUGAUUUCUAUAAAUGCUUUUAAAAACAUAUGAAGCCCCUCUUUAUUUAACUUUGUUUUAUUGUGAUUGCUGAUCAGAGGAAAAAUGCUGAUAGAAAGACUUAAAUCUGAUAACAAGUAAGAAAAGAAAAAUCAUUACUUUUUGUUUGUUUAAAAACUGAGACAUAUUUGCCUAUUUCACUUUAAACUCAGCUUGUGUAAGUCUCUAUUUUAAUAUCAGGCAUUUCUCCUCAAAAUUUCAUCUUUGUUCAUGGGACAUGUAAACUUAGUGUUUUAGUUUUGUUUUUAUGUCACAUUAUAGUUAAUGGGCAGUUGUUAUUUUUGCAAAACUGGUUACAUAUUACUCUGUGUUGGGAUUCUCUUAGUUGCUUCUGUGUUUAUUAUAAAGUAAUGUUAAAAGGCAGCUCACCAUUUGCUGGUAACUUAGUGUGAGAGAAUCCAUACCUACCAUGAAAGCACCAUGUAUUCUUUUUAAAUGAAGCACCAUGAAUUAUUUUUUAAAUUAUUUUUUAAAAGUCCUCUCUCUGAUUCAGCUUAAAUUUUAUUAUUGGAAAAGCCAUUAAGGUGAUUAUUGUAUGGUGGUGGUUGUUUUAUUAUAUGCAAAAUCUCUAUUAUGAGAUACUAGCAGUGAUGAGCUUUGCCUAAAGGUUGUUGGCAUUGAUGAGCUUUGCCUAAAGAUUAGUAUGAAUUUUCAGUAAUACACCUCUGUGUGUUUUCUUUGUCUCUCCCUUCUGUUUUAUGUGAUUUGUUUGGGGAGAAAGCUAAAAAAUCUGAAACCAGAUAAGAACGUUCUUGUGUAUAGCUUUUAUACUUUAAGUAGCUUCCUUUGUAUGCCAGCAGCAAAUUGAAUGCUCUCUUAUUAAGACUUAUAUAAUAAGUGCAUGUAGGGAUUGCAAAAAAUAUUUUAAAAAUUUAUUACUGAAUUUAAAAAUAUUUUAGAAGUUUUGUAAUGGUGGUGUUUUAAUAUUUUGCAUAAUUAAAUAUGUACAUAUUGAUUAGAAAAAUAUAACAAGCAAUUUUUCCUGCUAACCCAAAAUGUUAUUUGUAAUCAAAUGUGUAGUGAUUACACUUGAAUUGUGUAUUUAGUGUGUAUCUGAUCCUCCAGUGUUACCCCGGAGAUGGAAUUUAUGUCUCCAUUGUAUUUAAACCAAAAUGAACUGAUACUUGUUGGAAUGUAUGUGAACUAAUUGCAAUUAUAUUAGAGCAUAUUACUGUAGUGCUGAAUGAGCAGGGGCAUUGCCUGCAAGGAGAGGAGACCCUUGGAAUUGUUUUGCACAGGUGUGUCUGGUGAGGAGUUGUUCAGUGUGUGUCUCUUCCCUUUCUCCUUCCUUCCCUUAUUGUAGUGCCUUAUAUGAUAACGUAGUGGUUUAUAGAGUUUACAGUGAGCUUGCCUUAGGAUGGACCAGCAAGCCCCCGUGGACCCUAAGCUGUUCACUGGGAUUUAUCAGAACAGGAUUAGUAGCUGUGUUGUGUAAAUGCAUUGUUCUCAGUUUCCCUGCUGACAUGGAAAAGUAAAAACAGCAGCUUUCUCCUUUACCAUCACCUCUACCCCUUUCCAUUUUGGAUUCUCAGCUGAGUUCUCACAGAAGCAUUUUUCCUAUGUGGCUCUCUCACUGUGCGUUGCUACCUUGCUUCUGUGAGAAUUCAGGAAGCAGGUGAGAGGAGUCAAGCCAAUAUUAAAUAUGCAUUUUCUUUAUUAUUUUUUUUAAGUAUGUGCAAUCGUUUUUAGAAUAAGAUUUUUUUCCUUUUCCCAUGUGGCAGUCCUUCCUGCAAAUAGUUGACAUUCCUAGUAAAAUAUUUGCUUGUUGAAAAAGAAAAGCAUAUAACAGAUGUGUUUAUACCAAAGAGCCUGUUGUAUUGCUUACCAUGUUCCCAUACUAUGAGGAGGAGUUUUGUUGUGCCACUGGUGACAAGGAACUCACAGAAAGGUUUCUUAGCUGGUGAAGAAUCCAAGAAGGAACCAAAGCCUGUUGAGUCACUGGGGCUUUUGAGGUUUCCUUUAAACAACUUGUAUAUUCUUGGGGCCCUUCAAGCUGUGAAAUUGUCCUUGUAUUCUCAGCUCCUGCAUGGAUCUGGGUCAAGUAGAAGGUACUUGGGAUGGGGACAUUCCUGCCCAUAAAGGAUUUGGAGGAAGAAGGUUAACCCUAAGAUACAGAUGUGUUCCAUCUGAAUUGAAAAUCAUAUAUUUGAGAGAUAAUUCUAGGAGUGGUUCUGUGUAGAGAUGGUGUCAAGGAGGUGCAGGAUGGAGAUGGGAGAUUUCUGGAGCCUGGUCAGCAAGCUCUGUACCGGGUUGAACACCGAGGAGCUGUCAAAGUAUUUGGAGAUUCUUUAUUGUAAGGAGUAAGGGCUUCCAAGAUGGGGCAGGUAGUCAGUACAGCCUACCAGGAACAUGUGUUUUCUGUCUUUUUUUCAUCAUCAUAUUGCGUUGUAUUUUUAGCACUAUAUUGGUUAAGACAGCCAAGCAGUUUGUGUGUUUUCUGUCACUAGUGUUAUAUAGUUUUCUGGUCAGUGUGUGGUCUCUGUGUCUCCUUUUUGCAAAGCACAUUCUGAUUUUCUUGUUCAAACACAGGUCUAGUUUCUAAUGGAAACAUUUUUUUCUUCCUUAUCUUUCCUCUACAAGGGAUAAGAUUUGUUGUUUUUUAAAAAAAUGAGAUGUAGAAAAACAAAACUCCACUCCUGCCCUCCAGUCCAAUAAGUAGAUACCAUUUAAGAUAGGAGUUUAACUCCAUAGGAAAAGAUAAUAUACAAGAGCUUGUAUCAUUACCUUAAUCACCUGACUAGCAGUGUGUGGCUUUAAAAACUUUAGAGAUUUUCAGUCUUACUCUGCAAACUGGCAUUUCAGAUUUACUAAGAUAAACACCCACCUGUGUCUGCUGAACGUGUAUGUGCUCGAUGUGGCUUUAGAUUCUGUCCCUGAGGCUUAACACUGCUGGCCCUGACAGCGUCGGGUAAGCCCCAUGAAUUUAGCUAGCAGCUGGCCUGGGUCACAGUGGCCUGACCUCAAACCAGCUUAAGGCUUUAAGUCCUCUCUCAGAACUUGUAUUUCCAGCUUCUCCCCUUCCGGGUGAGAGAGGAAGUGGGGAAGGGUUAAGUAUAGCCACUCUAGGCUCAUCCGGACACUUGAUCACUCCAGAGUUUUUAAUAGCUCCCAGGAGGUGAUAACACUCUCAGUGCUCAGCUGAAAUACCAACCCCAGGAAUAAUAACUCCAUUUCAAACUAUUCUGGCCAUUCUGAGCCUGUUUUUGUGAUUGCUCAUCCAUUGUCCUCCGCUGGAGGGGCUAAACUUGACUGCCCUUAGCCAGGCAAGCACAGUAAUGUGUGUUUUAUUCAGCAUUAUUAUGCAAAAAUCCACUAGUUGAGAUGGUUUGUUUUAGAAUAGGAAAUGAAAUUGCCUCUCAGUGACAGGAAAUGGCCCGAGCCUGCUUCCUAUUUUGAUUUUUUUUUAAACUGAUGGAUGGUGCAGCAUGUCUACAUGGUUGUUUGUUGCUAAACUUUAUAUAAUGUGUGGUUUCAAUUCAGCUUGAAAAAUAAUCUCACUACAUGUAGCAGUACAUUAUAUGUACAUUUAUGUAAUGUUAGUAUUUCUGCUUUGAAUCCUUGAUAUUGCAAUGGAAUUCCUACUUUAUUAAAUGUAUUUGAUAUGCUAGUUACUGUGUGUGAUUUAAACAUUUUUUUGCUUUCUCCCUUUUCUGGUUGUGCGCCGCUUUCGUUUACAACAAGCCUCUAGAAACAGAUAGUUUCUGAGAAUUACUGAGCUAUGUUUGUAAUGCAGAUGUACUUAGGGAGUAUGUAAAAUAAUCAUUUUAACAAAAGAAAUAGAUAUUUAAAAUUUAAUACUAACUAUGGGAAAAGGGUCCAUUGUGUAAAACAUAGUUUAUCUUUGGAUUCAAUGUUUGUCUUUGGUUUUACAAAGUAGCUUGUAUUUUCAGUAUUUUCUACAUAAUAUGGUAAAAUGUAGAGCAAUUGCAAUGCAUCAAUAAAAUGGGUAAAUUUUCUGA